GGGCCUCCUGGGGAGAGAAGGAGGGACACCCCACCCUCACCUGACAGGUGUUUUUUGCCAAGUGCGGGCCCUGGCCAGAGUCUCAGGCCAAAGGCCCAGGCCUGUGGGCAGCCAAGAUGGCGGACCUGGAGGCCGUGUUGGCGGACGUCAGCUACCUCAUGGCCAUGGAGAAGAGCAAGAGUUCGCCUGCCGCUCGCGCCAGCAAGAAGAUCACCCUCCCAGAGCCCAGUAUCCGCAGCGUGAUGCAGAAGUAUUUGGAGGAGAGAGGUGAAUUAACCUUUGACAAGAUUUUUAGUCAGAAGAUUGGGUUUCUGCUCUUCAAAGAGUUAUGCCAAAUGAACAUGGAGGAAGGGGUUCCUCAGCUGAAGUUCUAUGAAGAGAUUAAAGAAUAUGAAAAACUGGACUCGGAGGAGGAUCGUCUCAGCAGGAGCCGGCAGAUCUACGACACCUAUAUAAUGAAAGAGCUGCUCUCCUGCUCACACCCUUUUUCGAAGCCAACAGUUGAUCACGUGCAAACUCAUCUUGCCAAGAAGCAGGUCCCACCAACCCUUUUUCAGCCCUACAUAGAAGAAAUUUGUGACAGCCUCAGAGGAAAAACCUUCCAAAUGUUUCUAGAAAGUGAUAAGUUUACUAGAUUUUGUCAGUGGAAAAAUGUAGAGCUAAACAUUCAUCUGACCAUGAAUGACUUCAGUGUCCACCGGAUCAUCGGGCGAGGGGGUUUCGGAGAAGUUUAUGGCUGCCGGAAAGCAGACACAGGGAAGAUGUAUGCAAUGAAAUGCUUGGAUAAGAAGAGAAUCAAGAUGAAGCAAGGGGAGACUUUAGCCUUGAAUGAAAGGAUCAUGCUGUCGCUCGUCAGUACAGGUGACUGCCCUUUCAUUGUGUGCAUGACUUACGCCUUCCACACCCCUGACAAGCUGUGCUUCAUUCUGGACCUGAUGAACGGUGGAGAUCUUCACUACCACCUCUCACAGCAUGGAGUGUUUUCGGAGAAGGAGAUGCGCUUUUACGCCACUGAGAUCAUCCUUGGGCUUGAGCACAUGCACAAUCGCUUUGUGGUCUAUAGAGACUUGAAGCCAGCAAAUAUCCUCUUGGAUGAACACGGCCACGUGAGGAUUUCCGACCUGGGGCUGGCUUGCGAUUUCUCCAAAAAGAAGCCUCAUGCCAGUGUCGGCACCCAUGGCUACAUGGCUCCCGAGGUGCUCCAGAAAGGGACAGCCUAUGACAGCAGCGCAGACUGGUUCUCCUUGGGCUGCAUGCUCUUCAAGCUUCUCCGAGGGCACAGCCCUUUCAGGCAGCACAAGACCAAAGACAAGCAUGAGAUUGACCGCAUGACACUCACAGUGAAUGUGGAAUUACCAGAGUCAUUUUCCCCUGAACUCAAGUCUCUUUUGGAAGGUCUUCUCCAGCGAGACGUGAGCAAGAGGCUUGGCUGCCAGGGUAGUGGGGCGCAGGAAGUGAAGGAGCACCCCUUCUUCAAAGGCAUUGACUGGCAGUACGUCUACUUGCAAAAGUACACACCGCCUCUGAUUCCUCCGCGGGGAGAAGUGAAUGCAGCGGAUGCUUUUGACAUUGGCUCCUUCGAUGAGGAAGACACAAAAGGCAUCAAGUUGCUUGAUAGUGACCAAGAACUGUACAAGAACUUUCCCCUGGUCAUCUCAGAGCGCUGGCAACAAGAAGUGGUGGAAACGGUUUAUGAUGCAGUGAACAGUGACACAGACAAGAUCGAAGCCAGGAAGCGAGCGAAGAACAAGCAACUGGGGCACGAGGAAGACUAUGCUCUGGGGAAGGACUGCAUCAUGCACGGGUACAUGCUGAAGCUGGGGAACCCCUUCCUGACUCAGUGGCAGAGACGCUAUUUUUACCUCUUUCCAAACCGGCUUGAAUGGCGUGGAGAAGGAGAGUCACGGCAAAAUUUGCUGACUAUGGAACAGAUUUUGUCGGUGGAAGAAACUCAGAUCAAGGACAAAAAAUGCAUCUUGCUCAGAAUUAAAGGGGGGAAGCAGUUUGUCCUGCAGUGUGAGAGUGACCCAGAGUUUGUACAAUGGAAGAAGGAACUGACCGAAACGUUCACAGAAGCACAGCUGCUCUUACGUCGGGCACCCAAGUUCCUGAAUAAAUCCCGCUCUGCAGUUGUGGAGCUCUCCAAGCCCCCCCUCAGCCACAGGAACAGCAACGGCCUUUAGGACCCAGGCAAGGAAAGGCUGUGCCAUUGCAGGGGAUGUCUGUCUGUCACUGCAUCGCUGUUAGUUUCUUGCCCACUCCCCAGAGUUGGGUGAAGGGCUCAGGGGCAAGUGCUGAGCUCAAAAAAUAGUGGCACAGGGACCAAGGCCUCAGAGAAGGCCGAUGAAGCAACCAGGGGGUGGGGAGGGGAGUUGUUGCCAACAACGGAGCAGACAAAAGGAGUGUCUUGCAUUCCCAGGCAGCUUGCACUCCCAACAGGGCAGCCCCCGAAAAUGUUGCUUAUUUGCAAUAAACCUCUUCAGGUGCAUACUGUAGACUUGCAAUCUGAAUGGGCAACUACCUGAUUUUCAUGACUGCAUUUUUAUGCCACGGGGCUGUGUGUUGGACCUGUGGAAAGAGUUGCCACCUUCCAGGGUGGACUGACUCCUCCCAUGACGUCACCAGUGACUUCCAUAUCCACAUUCUGUUCUGCUGGCCACCACCAACUUGUCUCCUUUUCCCAUGUCCUUGGAAUGGACUGAACUAUGUGUCCUGUGGUUUUAAAUGUUUCCUGCUGCUGCUGCUGCUGCUGCUUCUAGGGGAACAAACACUUCGUGCUGGACUGUACUUGACAGCAGAUGAUGAAGAGCUAUGGGCAGAAACCGUUUGUUUGUGUGUGCGUGUGUGUGCUAGUGUUGUUCAGUUGUGUAAGUGUCUCUCUGUGUGCUUUUCCUGGGUUUUUUCUUUUACAUAUUUUUUACUGCUGGUUCUGUUAGACAGGUAUACGGGGAAUGCAAAAUCAGCUUCUCUCCAUUCCUGGCCAAUGGCACUUUCUUUUAAAAAUGUUUAAAACAAAUCCAAUUUUAAGAUCCUAUUGGAUUGGGUUGCAGAUGGAUGUGGAUUCUUUGCUGUCCCAAAGUGUCGCCCUGACAAUCUUGUCUUGCAAGGGAUGCUGUCAGCCUCAGGCAACUGCAGAGGGAACCAGCAGAAAGGGAGAGAGAGUGACACCUGGGGGGUCAUGCAAGGGGUCAUGCAGAAAUGACUGGAAAAAUGACCAUUGGCUAACCACCACAUUUUCAAAUAGUUAAUCACUUUUGCAGAAUAAUAUUGGAAGUCCCUUUUUGUUGGACUGGAUCUUGAAGGGAGGACAUUCUGUAGCAUAUGAUUCUGCAUUGAUGCUCUCCUCCCCAGGGCUCCAUCAUUAUUUAUUGUGUGCAUGUUCCUUCCAUUGGACAAGUCAAGAGCUUGGUUCAUCUUGUAUGGUUGGUUGUGCACAACUUCUGCAGCCCAAAAAUUGUGUUCUCCAAGAAAAGCAAGCUAAAGUCCCCCAGUCCUAGAAUUUGUCGUAGAGCAUCACUCUCUGUCCUCUUGCUUGUUAAG